AUAUUGAUCUCGGAUGAAGAACUGCUAAAAAUUGAAGCAUAUCGCAUUAUGGUGCAUAUUGGUGUUCAGAAUAUCAUUCAGCUUUCUUCUCACUUCUUGGCUGGUUUAUUCACUCUUUGUCAGUCUGUGUUCGAUCCAUGGGUUAAUAAGUUGCAAGUGAGGAAACGAUUACGUUUGCAGAUAGCCGGUGGAAUACUGAAUGCUGCUUGGAUUGCUAUGUUGGGGCUGAUUUUGGCGCUUGCUUUGAAUCAAUUCUCGAUCAUAUACAGUGGUAUGAACACAAAACAGAGCAACUUCUUACUGAUUUGUUCAUCAGCAAGUGUAAUUCAUAAAGCUGUCGCAUACGGAGUUGGAAUGAUGUUUCUGGCUGUUUUCUUAACACCGUGGUGUAACGUUGAGUAUUUANUGGAGUGGUUUUGUUAUACCUAUACCAACUUACCGUUCAACGAUUACGUGAGCAAUGUGGACUGGUUCUAUACAAUCUCGGUGACAUCACUAUCGUUCAUUAUUUAUUUGUUCGCAUUCAUUUUGAUUCUGAAAAAGUGUAAUUCGUUAGGUUUCAUAGUAACGAAUGUGGGACUGACUGACUCGUUUUCAGAGACGUUCACAUCGUAUGGUGUUCAACAAGAAACAGUUACGUAUUCUGCUGCAUUCAGUGAUCAUAUACUGCUGGGUGCUGUUUAUAACGUUCACGUUCCACGACUACAAACUCUUCCUACCGUUAUCACAAUGGACAUUCUUCGGCAUCAGCAUAUCGUGGAUGCUCUAUUAACAAUUCGAAAGAAAUUCGUCGAUAAAUAUAUUCGACAAUGGAAAGGGAAACUUUGGCACACUCCAGGGAUGAUUAUAACGAAUUUGAGUGAAAAACGUGAAAGUGUCGCCAUUACGCCUGUUGCUGCGGCUGCUGCGACACGAUACUGA